UUGUCUUGGGUUGGUAACUGAAAACGGAAGCCAAAAAACAUCAUUUUUGUUACUUAGAUGUAUUCGAUCAUCCGUUAAAUAGUGUCUUAUCAUUCUUAAGUUUGUGACAGUGUUACUAUCAAUCGUCAGUUUCCAAUGAUCACACCAUGGAGCGCUGAGGAGGUGUGUCACUCGGCAGCGGGCUAAAACUACUCCCAAGUGCCCACAGUUGCCAACCGGUCAUCGGACUUAAUUCAUGCGUAAAACCAUCAACCACUUCAGUUGUGUGUGCAUGCAUUUUGAGCAGAUGAAAUAUUGAGGAUCAGAACGCUGCUGCGCAUUCAUUAUCGGAACUUCUGUGCCAAGGUAACUGGGAAAUCCUUUUGAGUUGUUGGAAUUGUCGGUCGUGGCCCCUGGCUGUACUUUGGAUUUUUUGGAUUGGAGCCUUCUUGCUUCACCGCGGGCUGAGCAUUGUUAGUUAUUGUGUGGAACUGGUGCAACCAUGCAUUCAUUCCAUUGUUGAUAUCACACACGCUGGACACUUUGAGCUGUCUGUAGCCUUGCUGAACUAUCUCACCUUCUUGCUGACUGGCAGUGCCAUGCUUGGCUGUUGGAAUUUGGGACCCUAACUUUCUAACUCAAAAAGAGUGCAUUCAGAACUCAAAGUCAAACAAUAAAUGGUCAUUGAUUGAUUCAUAUGAAUUCAUUCAGCUUCAUUUUCAAUCCACAACAAUGAUGGAAAACAUGUGAUGCAGAGAUCGUGGAACCUGGUUCAUUAUUUUGCAGUGACUCAUCUUGAACUAGAUUAUAAACUAUUAUAAGUUGCAUCAGUGAAGCCUGACUUGCGAAGGCAGUUGAGUGGUGGCAAGAAUUUGAUUGUUUUCUGCAGACGAUUUAAAGAACAGAUUCACUGGUUGAGAAACCAGAACAAGAAGCAGCAAUGAAUGGAAUGACACCCAAACUCUCGGCUGAUCACCAACACAAACUACAACAGUUCCGCACUAAUUUAUCUGAUAUUCUGCUGGUGGAACAUGAUGAUCACUACCUACUCAGAUUUCUUCGAGCUCGGAAGUUUGACCUCAAGAAAUCGGAAAAGAUGCUCAGAGAUCAUUUUGAGUUUCGGAAACGUUGGGAUGUUGAAUACCUCGCUAACCAAUGGACCCCACCAGAGGUCUUAGAUAAGCAUUUUGUGGGUGGUUUGUUUGGAGAGGCUCGAGAUGGUUCCCCAGUUUGGUUUGAUCCUUACGGUCAUAUCGACACUAAAGGCAUCGUCAUGUCCGUUACAAGAAAUGACUUCUUGAAGUUUAAGAUCUUAGCGUGUGAGAGGAUACAGAAAGCCCUGAAAGAGCAGUCUAAGAAGCAUGGACGGAGGAUUGAGAUGUACACGCUUGUCUUUGACCUCGAUAAGGUCAACUUCUCCCAUCUGUGGCGACCUUUUGUUAAUCUCUACAAUGAGGUCAUCAAAAUAUGGGAAGCUAAUUAUCCAGAAUCUCUCAAAUGUGCUUUCGUGAUUAACACUCCUAAGAUGUUCACCGUGGGAUUCAAUUUAAUCAAACCAUUCCUAAGUGAAGAGACAGCCGCUAAAGCAGUCAUCGUAGACAGUCAUUACCAUGAUAAGUUGUUCAAUCUUAUUAGUAAAGAGAACGUGCCGAUACAUUACGGAGGUACUGCUGUGGAUACCGACAAUGAUCCAAAGUGCCAAUCAAAGAUUUGUUUUGGAGGUAAAGUGCCGAGGUCAUACUAUCUGAGUGACCAAUUUGACUAUGACAGUAUGAGUGUGAUCUAUGUUGCAAAUGGCUCCCAUUUGGAUCUCCGGUAUAGUGUUAAGAAGCCUGGCUCCGUCUUAAAAUGGGAGUUCAAAACAGAAAAGUGCAAUAUCUGCUUUGGAGUGUACCUGGAGCAAGCCAUAUCAGAGAGCCAAACAGCCAGUCAAAGGGCAGGGCACGGGCAGGGUAAGACAAGAAGCCACUCCUCUUCAUCAACAUCUUCAUUAUCCUCCUCGUCAUCAGUAGGGCGGGGCGAUAGGGGCGUGGAGCUUGUGGAAGUUAUACCUCUCCAGAAGGUGAAUAGUGAGAUGGUUCCAGAGUCCGGAGGGCUAAGAUGCGAAGACACAGGAACUUAUGUUCUUAGAUUUGACAACAAUUACAGCUGGUUACGAUGUAAGAAGAUAUUCUACACGAUCGAGGUGAUGCCACCAGACAAUGACAUUAGGGUGCUGAGUGUUAAUAAUUCACUGUGACGUCACUAAGGUCCUCCCUCCACACUUAACCCAGACCACCUCGGUCAAGUUCAAGCGAGGGACUAAAGUCGACCAUUGGGCAAUUUUGCCUGGUACCCAGGAUGUAUUGCAUGCGUUGGUAACCAUGGAAUAUUGUACUAGUGGUUGAAAAAUGGCUGCUACUCAAACUUGCCCCAUUGCCUCCCUCUAUUUCUGUGUUAGUAAUUAUUGUAUAGUGUUGUCUCAAAAUAAUCUUUCAUUUACGGGGCUCGAAUUUCAGGGAAAAAAUUCACAAAACCAUAGGGCUUAAUUUUGAAAUUUUACUGAUCCAGAACUCUUUAACAGGACCGUUCACAAACUAGGUUUGUUAGCUAGCUAUCACUAAAGGCCCGUCACACAGGCCCCGAUAA